UCACCAGGAUCCCCCUCUUUGUCACAUCCCACUAACCCUCCUCUGCUCUGACCACAGCUGGGGACCACAUCCCACCUUCCACCAUGGAGCUGAACCAGACCUUCCCACCUCCCUCAUCUCCCGCGACGGACACCGAAGUGGAUGACUCCUGUGAGAUCUAUGUCACCGAUGUGGCCAUAGACGGUGUCACUCUGCUCAUCUGCCUCUGUGGGCUGGUUGGGAACGGGGUUGUGCUCUGGCUCCUUGGAUUCCACAUCCGCAGGAACCCCAUCACUGUCUACAUCCUCAACCUGGCCAUCGCCGACUUCAUCUUCCUCCUGUCCAUGAUCCCCUCCUCCGUGCUCUACCUGCUGGAGGAUGCGUCCUGCUCCACUGUAGUGCCCCUGAAGUACCAGAGGCCCCUUCUCCUGCUGUCGCUGUUCUCCUACAACAUGGGGCUGUACCUGCUGACAGCCAUCAGCAUCGAGAGGUGUGGUUCAAUCCUCUUCCCACUCUGGUACCGCUGCCGCCGUCCCCAGUGCCUGUCAUGGGUGGUGUGUGCCCUGCUCUGGGCUCUCUGCAUCGUUGUCAUGGUCGUGGUGAUCUCCCUGUGCAUGUCACAGGAGUACGAGCACUGCCGGGUGGCUCUCAUCUCCAUGCACUCCCUCAGCUUCCUCAUCUUUGUCUCACCCAUGGUCAUCUCCAAUGUGAUCCUCUUCAUCAAGGUCCAGUGUGGCUCCAAGAGACGUCAGCCUAAGAGACUCUACAUUGUUAUCUUCCUCACGGUGCUCUUCUUCCUCCUCUUUGUAGUGCCCCUCAGCCUCUGCAAUUUCCUGCAACAGUUCAGCCCCAGCUGUGUGCCCUCCCAGGUGGUUUUCCUGCUUGCCUGCAUCAACAGCAGCAUCAACCCCUUCAUCUACUUCUUGGUGGGGAGCUGCUGGAGGCACUGCUCCAUGGUGUCCCUCCAGGUCGCCUUCCAGAGGGUCUUUGAGGAGACAGGGAUCACCACAACGUCCAGAUGAGAGGCCACUGUGGUCCCACCGGCUGUGCUGUCCAUGCUGUCUUCAUGCUCAGCUGUCCACUCUUGCUCCCAGCCAGGCCUGCAGGUCAUCUUCCUGCAGCUGUGAGUCAGGAUGCAUCCCAUAGCUUUUCCAUCCCUUUUUCCCAUCCCACUGAUCCGUGUUGUUGUGUCUAUCCCUAUCCCUAACCCUCUCCCUGUCCCUAUCGCUAUCAUUGCAUCCACAUCCCAUCCACAUUCCCACCCCAGUCUUAUCCCCAAACCAUCCUCAUCUCAGCUCCCCUUUCCUGUUCACUGUUCCCAUCCCAUCCCAUCCCAUCCCGUCCCGUCCCGUCCCAUCCCGUCCCGUCCCGUCCCGUCCCGCAGGUUUCCCAGCUGCCGUCCGCUCCGAGCGCGAUCCGUCGGGCUCUGCUGCCCUCCUGUGGGAAUGUUUGGGAUGCCGGCAUCCGGACCCUUCCCGAUCCCGUCUGACAUCCCAAAUUCCCCCCCACCGCCCCACCCAGGGCCGCCUUCGCCCCUGACAGCCCCGCUCCACCCGGGAUCCCCGGCAGGGUGUCCACUCCUGGCCAUUCCGCGCUCCUUCUCCCCAAUAAAAGCUGAUGGAUCCA